CCCUCCCAAGCCUGAAGUUUCAACCUGAACCCAGAUAUUGCUGCCUGAUAGCUUCAGAUCAGAUAUGGCUCCAUAGCUUCGUAUCCUCUUCAUUCUAGUUGGCAUCUAACGAGAGCCAUGGCUGCAUCGUCGCACCUAGCUGUCUGCAGUUCCCUGGCUUGCUCUCGCGUUACGAAGCUACAUUCUGAACUGCUCCCGCGGCGGCGACAGUCGUCGUUUCUGCUCUCCUUAUCUCAAUCCGAUGACUCGUUUAAGCAGCCGUCCGCAUUUCGCGGAGCAAGCCUCCGCGCGACCAAGGGGUUUUCCGAGGAAGGGGAGAAGGGGAAGCGAGGGCCAUCAGUGCAGAAAAUAGAGGAGGAAGAAGAGGAGGAAGAGGGGGGGGAGUGGGAGGAGGAAGAGGAGGGGGGGGAGUGGGAGGAUGAGAUUGACGAAUUAGAAGAAGGGGAAGAAGUGGAUUUGGAGGGAGGAGAGCUAGAGGAGGAGGAGGGGGGGAGGACGAUGGUGAUGAUGACGUUGUACAGAUGGCAGCAGCGGAUUGGGAGAGAGCAGCCAUGGCGGUGGUGGUGGAGGCGAUAGAGAAGCAGGAGAAGGACGAGAGCCGGCGCAAGGGAUGGCGCCGGCGACGGGAUGUAGUGGAAGAGGUACCGGAGCAUCUGCUGCCUCGAGUGGCCAUCGUGGGUCGUCCCAACGUGGGCAAGUCAGCUCUCUUCAACCGACUAGUGGGGCGCAACAUCGCCAUAGUGCACGACGAGCCCGGGGUGACGAGGGACCGGCUGUACGCGCGUGCCCUUUGGGAGGACAGGCAGUUCCUGCUCACUGACACGGGCGGCCUCAUGGACGCCCCUAAUGCUGCUGCUGCUUCUGCUGCUGGUGCUGCUGGUGCUGCUGGUGCUGCUACUGACGGUGCUGAUGGUGCAGGUGCUGCAAGGAGGAAGGGCGGUAGAGGGGGGAGGGCAGGGCGAGGCUCGGCGUCCGGAACAGCCUUGCUGGCGCUGGCUAAGGCGGACGGUGUUGCUGUAAUCGGUGGCGGCGGGCGAUUGGCCAACGAGCGGGCGGCGAAGGAGGCUGAGGUGGCGGGUCUGCCGGAGCUGAUUGGCCGCCAGGCUGCUGCUGCCGUGGAGGAGGCAGAUGCGAUCAUCAUGGUGGUGGAUGGGCAGGCUGGCGCAACAGCUGCUGACGUGGAGAUCGCUCAGUGGCUGCGGCGCCGCCACGUGGCAAGCAGCAAGCCCGUCUUUCUGGCAGUCAACAAGUGCGAAUCGCCCACUAAGGGGCUCCUCCAAACAGCCGAGUUCUGGUCGCUGGGCCUGACCCCCAUGGCAGUGUCCGCCCUCUCAGGCACCGGCACGGGCGACCUGCUAGACGAGCUUCUGAAAGCCCUUCCCUUUCCUGAGGAGAGUGCGUCUCCCUCCUCCCUCUCCACCAUCACCGGCGGCGACUCUGCUGCCCCUGCACAGCUUGGUCGAGUGGCGCUGGCGAUUGUGGGUCGGCCCAACGUGGGCAAGAGCAGCAUCGUGAAUGCGCUGCUGGGGGAGGAGAGGACGAUUGUGAGCCCUGUCAGUGGCACCACGCGUGACGCCAUCGACUCCAAGUUCACCGGGCCGGAUGGUCAGGAGUACACUCUGAUCGACACGGCGGGGGUGAGGAGGAGGGCGGCGGUGGCAGCAGCAGGCAGCAAGGCAGAGAGCCUCUCUGUGAACCGAGCCCUGAGGGCUGUGAGGAGGGCGGAUGUAGUGGGGCUGGUGGUCGACGCCAUGCUGUGCGUCACAGAGCAGGACCUGCGUCUGGCAGAGCAGAUCGAGAAAGAGGGCAAGGCGUGCGUGCUGAUAGUGAACAAGUGGGACACUGUGCCGGAUAAAGACGCCACCAGCACGGUCAGCUACACGGAGGAUGUGCGCCAGAAGCUCAGGUCCAUGCCGUGGGCUCCGCUGGUGUUCACGUCUGCUACAACAGGGCAAAGGGUUGCCAAGAUUUUGGAAGCUGCCCGUUUUGCUGCCCAGCAGCGGGCCAAGCGCCUCACGACAGCCACUCUGAACCAAGUGGUCGGAGAGGCCGUUUCUUUUCAGCUGCUGCCCGGAGGCGGCAAGGGUAACAAGCGAGGGAAAAUCUACUACAGCACACAAGCAGCAACUAACCCUCCAACCUUCGUGUUUUUCGUUAACGACGCGAAACUUUUCGGGCAGCAGUACCGACGAUACAUGGAAAAUCAGCUUCGGGAGAACAUUGACUUUGAGGGCACGCCGAUCCGGCUGCUCUGGCGAAGCAAGCGCCGAACCAGACCAGUAGGUUCGGAAGGAGAAGGGACGGGAGAGGCAGGGACAGGAGGAAGAUCGGGAGGAGAGCGGGGCAAAGGAGUGGAGAGUGGUGGAGAGAAGGGACGAGGAAGAGGGGGGAGAGGCGGAAGAGGAGGGAGAGGUGGGAGAGGAGGGAGAGGGAGUGGAAGUAAGAGUGGGAGGGCCACAUCUGGUUGAAGGAAUGAGGAAAGUGUGAAGCUGAACAGAUAUUCUGGUAGGCAGGAAUAGUAGGAAAGGGAUAAGGACAAGGUCAAUGCGUAUGCCACUGUACUGUAGAUGUGAUCUUUUGUACAUUUCAGGCUGGUAAUGCUGCUACAUGUGCAUAUCAACCACCAUGAUACA